AGGGGGUAAAAGGGAGUGGAGUGCGCGGUUGUCCGGGCGGCCAUUGCGGGUACCUUGUCCGAAACCGCGAAUGCAAUUGACUGCUGUGCGUGACACUAGUGAAAUCCAAGAAAAUCAAAGGUCAUCCCAGAAAGAAAGUGGUUUGUGUGAAGCCCGGGACGCGCACAAAACCCCGGCCCGAUGGCUGAAUCCGACAAAUUGAAUAUCGACGACAUUAUAGCUCGACUCUUGGAAGUGCGGGGAGCCAGACCUGGGAAGAAUGUACAGUUGACGGAGGGAGAAAUAAAGGGAUUAUGCCUGAAGUCACGUGAAAUUUUUUUAUCGCAACCAAUUCUGUUAGAGCUAGAAGCUCCGCUUAAGAUAUGUGGUGACAUUCAUGGUCAGUACUAUGACUUGCUGCGGCUAUUCGAAUAUGGCGGAUUUCCACCGGAGAGCAACUAUCUCUUCUUGGGAGACUACGUUGACAGAGGAAAGCAGUCUUUAGAGACAAUUUGUCUUUUGCUCGCCUAUAAAAUCAAAUACCCAGAGAAUUUUUUUUUACUCCGUGGUAAUCAUGAGUGUGCAUCCAUUAACAGGAUAUAUGGCUUUUACGACGAAUGUAAACGCCGAUACAACAUUAAAUUGUGGAAAACAUUCACGGACUGUUUUAACUGUUUACCGGUUGCCGCAAUUGUUGACGAGAAAAUCUUUUGUUGUCACGGAGGUCUGAGCCCAGAUCUUCAACAUAUGGAACAGAUUAGACGUAUCAUGCGACCGACCGACGUACCCGAUCAAGGUUUAUUAUGCGAUUUGUUGUGGUCAGACCCUGACAAAGACACAAUGGGUUGGGGAGAAAACGAUCGUGGCGUCUCGUUCACAUUUGGUGCCGAAGUUGUUGCCAAAUUUUUACAUAAGCACGACUUUGACCUGAUAUGUCGUGCUCAUCAGGUUGUGGAAGACGGUUAUGAAUUCUUUGCGAAGAGGCAGUUGGUUACUUUGUUCUCGGCACCCAACUACUGCGGCGAAUUCGACAAUGCCGGAGCUAUGAUGUCCGUGGACGAUACACUGAUGUGCAGUUUCCAAAUUUUGAAGCCAGCCGACAAAAAGAAAUUAACUUACGGUGGCCUGAACGCAGGUAGACCAGUGACGCCUCCGCGAGGUGGAAAUAACAAGAGCAAGAAGAAGUGAAAUCCUUAGAUUUCUUUUUCACCCCUGCCCCCCCCCCCUUCUUUGAACGCAAUGCUUACAACUUUGAGACAACAAUUCCUCCCUUGAAAUUUACCAUCUUUUCUAAAUGGAUCAAUGGAUUUUUGUACGAGGAAAAACGUUAUUAUUCUAAUUUCUUUUUUAGCAUCGCUCAAUAAUUGUCAUCGUUAUCAGCGUAUUGCUUUCGAAGUUACAGUAUAUUUGAAUAGCCGUUUCCAUUUUAACGCAUUAGCUAAUGAAAAGAAUAAAUAUGGCGAAAAGACACUGCUCGUUCAAUAAAACGGAAAAAUUGUGCAUCGGUAGGGUAGUUCAAAGCAAACGACAAACGAAAAAAAUCUAAAACCUUUGUGUCUAUGAACAAAGAGCUAACCGCGCUUAUAAUCUCGAUUACUCCCGAUUAGAUUAGCCGAUGAAAAGUUGAACGAUUGUUGGACGCGAUUCUUCGAGAAGAGUACGUCACUAUGAUUAAUAGCGAAAAGCUAUUAGUUAACAGUUUCAAUGGAAUAUCAUCGAUUCGAAAUUCUAAGACGACACGGUCGAUACAUUAUUACCAGGCACAAUUCGAUAACGAUAGUGUUCGCUGGUGUGAGUUUACCGUUUUGAUCGUACGUCAACGCGUAUACAAACUAUCGCUGUAUACGCUUCGGUUAUGAACGCGACAAGUGUUUUCGGUGCGAUACGUAGUCACGGCUAUAUUACGUUUCCGUAAAAUGCACAAAAUUUAUCGACGACACAUAGUUAACAGCUACAGUUACAACUACAUCCUUCUCGAACAAAACCGCUUUUGUAGAGUGUGCUUUUAUAAUUGAAUUUUUAUAAAUUAUAAGAAAAAGUAUAGAUAUUGUGUUGUAUGGUCGUUCAAUUGAAACUAAUCUAUUUCGUGUAACAUUGUUGCGAAGAAUACAUCAGAAAUGGAAAGGGAAACAGUUAACGAAAUAAAAAAGAAAGAAAAGCAAGGAAAGUGGACAGUGGUUGCGAUCGUGGCCAUUCCCUGGAUUCGACGAAGGUGAAGGCGGUCGUUCACUUUUCAGAAUGGAAUUGUAAUGAUAACGUUAAACUAACGAUAAGAGCAUGAUGUAAAUGUGUAUAAUUGGAGUAGAACAACGUUGCGUAGAUUAUGUACAACGCACGCAGGCAGGCAGGCAGGCAGAAGCAAGGAGAAACAUGGAAAAGAAACCCCAAUUUCUAAGGAUUCAUCGUACAAUUAUUAUCUAUCCCGAGCUUCCCUCGGGAAUAACUUGAUUAAUCUCAUCGUUAACAUUUAUGCUGUAUACUAUUAAUUUCGUUGGUUUCCUCGAGACGCUGUUUCAUCCGCACCACCUUUAUAGAUCGCAGACCCAGUUUCCAACGAUACCGCUAGAAAUCGCGUACAAAGGGAAUCUAUCAUCUUACGCCGUACCAUUACAUGUCGGCGCGAUACCGAUUACCUAUACCGUCACCGAGAUCGACGCCGGUGUAACCGGUAUUUACGAUUGCCUCUCCCCGUACCCGGAACCCUGUACCCUGUAAUUGUACAUUAAUUUCUAUUUUAUAAAUAAAAUUCACGAAAGACACUCGUCCAUUUUA